AUGAGCACCACCCAAGAUCCGUCGCCAGAAAUGGCUGUGGCCUUAUUCGAAGUACUCGAAGCUACGUUCCCCGACACGCUUGAAGAGGACACAUGGUAUCUGGUUGCCCUCUCUGCCCUAGUCAACGUAGAGCCUGAUCAUGUGGGAACUCUGUACACAUACCUCAUCAAGAAAUCUCAAUACUCAACCUCCGAGUCCCGCCAGGCUCUCGUGCGCCGCCUACGCGAAGGCCUGGUCAAAAGUAUUGUAAUCCAAGGAGCACCCAAAUGCAUUCAGGCUUUGUUUGCCAUAGUCAAACUUGAGCGGCCAGAAGACAGGGACUACUCAUUUUCCAGAGCAGGGUGGCAAGCAGGACCUGAAAAUCGCGCCAGGGGAGAAGAGUGGCUCAAGGCCUUGUACAAACAUACUUUGACGACGGGAUCUGAUAGGUUUAUUGCCCACAAAGACUUUGAAUUUAUCUCCUGGGAGGUCGUAUACGGGCUGUUUCUCUCGAACCAUGAUAUACUGGGCCCUGUUGAGACGGAGUUGGUGACAUUGACCGGCAUCAUGAUUCAGAAUAUGCCAGUUGAGACUACCUGGCACCUGCGAGGGAUCAGGAGGCUAGGCGUGAAGAAGGAUGAUGUAGAAAUGGUGCACCAAUGCAUCGAGUUGGUGGCUAAAUUUGGGAAGAUUAGUCUGCACAAGAUCCCGAGAGUUGCAGAUAUUGAGCGCCAGAUAUGAUUUUUAAUACGC